AUGCCUGAUCGGUCCUCCCAAGCAAAGGGCCGGCCGCUGCGCCGUGUGCUGCCGGCUCCCGCCCAGCAAGGCCCGGCGACAGCGGCUCCCGCUCCUCUGGCAUCGUCGUCGUCGUCGUCGUCGUCGAGGAAGAACCUGACGCCAGCAGCGUGCAACGCGUGCCGCAAGCAAAAGACAAAGUGCUCCGGCGAGCGGCCAAGCUGCUCCCGCUGCGUCCAGCGCCGAACCGAAUGCCUCUACACGACUCAGCCCGGCGAGACAACGUCUCAGGCCCUCAAACGGGGCUACCGGGACCUGCGCCAGCGCACGAGCGUCCACGAGGAGCUGUUUGAGCUGCUGAGGAACCUGCCCGACCGCGAGGCCGAGCACGUCUUCAAGAGAAUCAGAGACGGCGCCGACGUCAACACGAUCCUCAACCUUAUCCGAGCGGGCAACCUGCUGCUGCAGAUGGCCGUUGCGCCCGAGACGCGGUUCCGAUACGAGUUCCCAUAUCGGUCUGAGAUGCCGGACUAUUGCAUUGAGAACAACCCUUACCUGGACUCGAUCAUCUGGGGCGCGGCGUCGUUGUAUGCGCAGGAUAGUAGUAGGCGGCCUAAUGCUGUCGCUGUUGCUGCUUCUUCUUCUUCUUCUUCUUCUUCUGCUGCUGGGCCGGCUGGUGAUUAUGGCACGGAGGGAUAUGAAAGCAUCUACCUGAAGCCGUUCCAUGCGGCUGAGGUCGUUGAUCCCCGGCUGAGUGAUGCCAAGAUCUCGGCUUGGACGUCUGUCACCAGCGACGACGUGCUGAUGCGAGAGCUGCUAAAGGUGUUUCUGCGGUGCGAAUACAUGUUCACAUCGGCAUUCCAAAAGGACUACUUCUUGGACGAUCUCGUAGCCAGACGAGACGAGUUCUGCUCUUCGUUGCUCGUCAACAUUAUCCUCGCUUAUGCUUGCGUCUGCUCUCCACAACUUUCAAACCGCGCCGAGUACUGGAACCCCGAAACGCUCGUGUAUCGCUUCCUGGCCGAAGCGAAGCGCAUCUGGGAGCUGGAAUCGGGCCAACCACACAUCGCCACGAUACAAGCCGGGAUACUCUUCAGCGUCUUCCACAACCUCUGCGGACUAGAUGAGAUUGGCCAGCCUUAUCGGCUUCAGGCCAUAGAGCUGGCCCGAGAGAUGCGUCUUUUCGAUAGCACCGUGGGUGGGCGCAGCGACAAGAUGAAGAAGUGCAUGGCGUUUCUAGCAUGGACCCUGUUUGACUGGGAAUCACUCGUCAGUUUCUCCUUUGUGUUUUCUCCGUUAAUCAAAGAGCCACCAACUUGGAAGCUGCCGGAUCCCUCGAAAGACCCCAGUUUCUACGGAGAGGUUUGGCUCAAGUAUCCCCUGGGCAAGAACCUUUCGCCGUCGUAUUUUGGCCAAAUCUUUCGCGCAAAGUCUCAGUUCCGGCUCAUCAUGCACGACUUUGCCAUGGCAGCGUAUACGGAGGGCUCGCAGGUGACGGUCGACAAAGCGUACGAGCUCCACCAGAGACUGCUGCGCUGCACUUAUUAUCACUUCCUAAUCAUCACCAUCUUCGAACCCCUUCUCGACACAGAAACCGACCGAGAACCCUCCCCCAAGGAGAUCGUGGGCGAGUCCAAACGCCAGACCCAGACCCUCAUCCGCCUCUACUACCUCCGCCACGGCUACGACGCCAUGGACCUCUUCCUCGUUGUCCCUCUCAUGAUGGCCGCCUCCGAUUGCCUCGAGGCCAUUGACCGGGGCACCACCGGCCGGGACCUCGAAGUCCUGCGCUCCACGCUCAUCCUAGUCGCAAAGGGACUCUACAACCAGCGCCGCAACCACUACCUGGCUGAGGCGCUGUUCCGGGUCAUUCGGGGCCGCAUGCGGCCGUCGGAAGUCGCACUGUUGAAGGACACGAUGAGCCUUGACGAGCGGGAGUGGGAUGAGAGGCGGGACAUGGUGCAGGCUGUGAGGAGUCAGUGGCCGAUGGAGUUGAAUCAGCCCAUGAUUGGCUUGAUUUGCGAGUUAUUUGGUUAG